AUGUUGAGAUUCCAUUUUUAAUAUUUAAGUAUAAUCCAUCAAAACACUACGUGCACUCAUUACUACUUGGUCCGUUGCAGUACUUACAAGAUAAGUCACAGGUUUAGCAAAUUAAAAGACUGUCACAAUAUGUUUGCAAAGGUUAACUUAAUGUACAACUAUUUUAGUAAAAAUAUGCUUAAGGGAAGCAUUGCUAACAUUAAUUUGAAGCUGUACCUGUACAAACUUUGCAAUUUUAAGAGCAACUUUAGCAUGUAUAGUAAUUUAAACCGUUUGUUAUUUAGCAAUAAGCUCCAUCUGGAUUUGUAUUAUAGCAUGAGUUAUUAAAUAAAUAUUGCUAUGGCUGACAUGAAAGACAAGUUUCUGCAGUGUUUUAGCAUGUUAAACAUUUAGAAGAGUCACAGUUAUAGCAAGUAUUUGAUAGCAAAUAUUAAUUAGAUUAGCAAGAGGUACAAAAAUCUGCAGAAUUUAUGCAAUUCACACAUUUAGUUAAAUCACACGAAUAACAAAUAUUGUUACUAUCACAGUAUGUUGAAUUUUGUUUAGAGUUAUAGCAUAUAUUGUUAUAAAGAUAAUAACCUGUAAUACAUUAUUUGCAAAUUUACAAUGUUGAAUCACAAGACUUGCAAUUCGUCACAUUACAAUCUUAGCAAACAAAUGUUGUGUUGUCACAAUAUAUGCCAUCUUAUACUCCUUAAAUACAUUAACCAUUAUAUGAAUAAGGAUAGGUAACCAUACAAGUUAAGCAUUAGUUUUUUUAAGUCCCAGAGCAAGUUUAGCAAGUAGAAUAGCAGGGCUAGCAAUUUUAAUAUGUCUAAAGAUCUAUAAUAGUUUAUGUACAAACAGUUUAUGGUGGCUAGGAAGAUAAGCAUGUUUUGCUGA